AUGACUGGCCGCGGCAAAGGAGGAAAGGGACUCGGCAAAGGAGGAGCCAAGCGUCAUCGCAAAGUGUUGCGUGAUAACAUCCAGGGUAUCACCAAGCCUGCUAUCCGCCGUCUGGCCCGCCGUGGAGGAGUGAAGCGUAUCUCGGGCCUGAUCUACGAGGAGACGCGUGGCGUGCUGAAGGUGUUCUUGGAGAACGUCAUCCGUGAUGCCGUCACGUACACGGAACACGCCAAGCGGAAGACAGUCACCGCCAUGGAUGUCGUCUACGCGCUGAAACGCCAGGGCCGCACGCUGUACGGUUUCGGAGGUUAA